CCUUCCGCUUUCAGAACCCUUCGGUCCCAGCCGACCCCUGAAUCCAUGGCCCCCAUGACCAAUCAUAUUUCUAGAAAGUGACAUCCGUGGACCUCAUCUUGACUCAUGAAAAGAAAAAGACCCACAUCCGCAGUUCACCCGAUGGAAUGUCCAGCUUCCAUCGCCUUCUUGCUGCAGUUCCAAUUGUCAGCAAUCCACUUCUUCGAUCCGUCUCUCUGCGCUCUCUGAUUGCUUGGUUAAUUCCGUCUGCUCGCCGUCGCCGCCACGGAUAUGGACCCUGGUCCGUUUCGGGUCCAUUUGCUGUGGACACAAGCCGACUCUAUUGUCGCUGCUCCUUUGCAAUCCUGACAAAUCCGCCUCCAUCUUGCCUUGUGUUUCUCCAGUUUCCUCAUGAAUUUUUUUUCAGGUGGUCCCGCGGCGUUAGCGUCUGAUAACGCCGGCGCCGCCAAUAUCGUUUAUACCCGUGAUGCAACGUCCGUCCAGACUGGCUUAGUAUUUAUUAUCUUUCUUCCCC